AUCCUAAACCAAUUGUUUUCCACUUCGCCACUUUUUCCCUAUUGCUUAUGCUUUCAACUUUGUAUCACACACACAAAGCCUUUGCUCCCUGUACUUAAAUUGCAUUGCUCCUUUCUCCUACUCUUCCUUCCCCACUGCCCAUUUGGCCACAUCCAGCUCAUUCCCUUCAUCAGAGGCUGCUCAGCUCAGCUACCCCUUUGCCAAGAUCUCUCACUUCUUCAAUGGCAGCUGCUUGCCCUACUGCUCUCACCUUCUUCUCUUGUAUCCUCCUCCUUGAUACCAUCUGCUCUUCAGGAGCAUUUCUAGAUUUCUCAUAUGAUUCAACUCAAGUCAAGAUACUGUCCACCUCAGUGAUCACUGAGAGCAGAGCCCUGGUCACUGAGAAGCAGCAUGCCUACCUCUUCUUGAAGCCAUUUGGGUGCAGGACAAGGCCAUGCUGGCCAGAGCAUCUUGCCGGCUCAUUUGUCACUGAAGUUCUUGAUCCCAACCGGCACCUCAACGUCAGCAACAUCAUCGUCACGGCCACGGAGAGGCAGCUCAGGGCUCUGCGCCGCACCUUGGAGACAGUUCACUCUUCUCUCGCCGCCGCCGGAUUGGCGCGGAAUGUCAAGGUCUCGCCGGAGCUGUCCCUGUCUUCUUUACGGAUCAUUGCCAAGAAUCGUAAGAGCAAGAAGCAGUGGCGUCAGCUCAUGGAGUUCGUAAGGAGGUCAGGCUCGUUUGUUCAGGUGGAGAUGGAGGCAAGCGUGAACGGUCUCGCCGUCCGUGCGGUGAUGCGAGAGGUGAUCGCUGAUCUCGCCGCUCUGUCGGGCGCUGAUGCCGGCGUCGUGCUCCAUUUCAAGAGCCGUGCGGCUCCAAGCGCAGGGGAAAUGGCUAAGCUGGUCGGCGAUAUCAGUCGGGAGAACAGGUUCUUGGGUCUUCUGGUGGACCUCUCGUCUCCUCGGAGGGAGCUCGCCGAGGCAAGAGCGACGGCGCACGACGAGUUCUCGCCGGUCACCAACCCGGCGACGACGCCAGUGACCGUGCCCACCACGAACCCGGUGACGAACCUGAUGUCCCCGGGAUUCGUCACCGUACCGUCGACAAACCCGGGCAACGGGUUCGCCACCAACCCAAGCCUCCCGCCGCUGAACCCCGAGCCAACGACGCCGGUCACCAUGCCCGACCCGACGACGACGACGCCAGUGACGGUGCCCGCCCCCUUCAUGAACCCGGUCACCACGCCGUCCAUGCCGAGCCCGGUCACCAACCCCACAGCUCCAGUGACCAACCCAGCGACCACGCCGACGCAGUUCCCAGGAACGUCGCCGGUCCCGGUCACCACGCCGUCCAUGCCGGGCCCGGUCACCAACCCCACAGCUCCAGUGACCAACCCAGCGACCACGCCGACGCAGUUCCCAGGAACGUCGCCGGUCACCAACCCGGUGACCACCUACCCGUACCCACCGCAGGGUGGCGGCGUGGGCGUGGGCGCCGGCGGCGUGCCGAUGACGCCGACUUUCCAGCCACCGGUGACAAUGCCUGGCACGGUGCAGCCGGGCGCGCCUGCCGUCGCGGGGCAGACAUGGUGCGUCGCCAAGACGGGCCUGAUGGACGUCGUCCUUCAGAACGGGCUCGACUACGCGUGCGGCAUCGGCGGCGCCGACUGCUCGGCCAUCCAGCCGAUGGGCAGCUGCUACAACCCCAACACGAUGCAGGCGCACGCCUCCUACGCCUUCAACAGCUACUUCCAGAGGAACCCGUCGUCGGCUAGCUGCGACUUCGGAGGCGCCGGCAUGCUCGUCAACGUCAACCCAAGUUCAGGAACUUGCAUUUAUCAGACAUCAGCAGGUUUUGGCACCGGUUACAGCCCGGGGGCGACAGGCACCGUGCCCACCGGCACGACGACGGGCACGGCGGUGGGCGGGGGCUCGGGCUCGACGGUGCUGAACGCGAACAGCCCCAGCGGGAACUCGAUGUACGGCAGCCCCGACAACCCAACGGGAUUGACCGCCGGCUCAGCUUCCCUGUCCUGUGGCUGGGUCCUGAGCCUCGUCUGGAUGGUCACCUUUGCAUUUGUCAAGGAGAAAGUGUAGCCUUCUUGUGCUGCUAUACUAGUGCAACGCUGCCACAUGUUGUUUUUCAGUUGUGUACAAAUGAGUGAAUUCAUAGGGGAGAAGACUAGAUGUAUUGUGUGUACAUGGGCUGACCUGAAUCCGAAUGAUGCUCGGCCAUACAUGUUGGAGACUGAGCAGAGUUCCUUCUCUAUAAACCAUGCU